AUGCCUCGGGCACGACAUUUCCUUAUACCCUGGCUAAUUUGUGGGGUGAUAAAUGCGCAGAAUGUGGUUCAGGUGAGAAUUCUCUUCUCUGUUAUAUGAAUUCUCUACGAAUUUCAUUAGAAAUGCUGUGUAUUUCAGACUGCCGCAGGUUUUGAACACCCUGACCCUCUGCAGAAUCUCUUCCAGCAUCAUCAUCAGUUCCAGCAGCAACAGCUGGCUUUAGGGUAAGGUAAUUUUUAUUUUUACCUAAUUUUUGUCCUUGAGCUUUAAACAGAAUAUCAGUCUGUCGGGAAAAUAAUGUGGAUUUGUCGAGCCUUGGAAUCGUUGGACAUCGCUUUGCGACAGCUGGGUACAUGGUACACGACUGUGGCGAGGCUUGACAUUCGGCUGCGAAAAAUCCACAUUAUUUUCCCGACAGACUAAUAUUGCGUGAAAAUAUGGCGUAUUUUAAACUCUUUUCUUUUUUUUAUUCAUCAACUCCUCAAAACCUGCCCAAUUUAGUCUUCCCCAACACCAGCUUCCACCUCAACUCCCACCUCAUCCCAUGCUUCAGCAUCCACUCAGCGCUGGCGCCAUCCCAACCCUACCGCCUCAUCAUUUCAUGUCUCACCCGUUCUUCUUUAAUCACCCCGCUUUCCUACAACAUCAGCUGGUCGCUGCGACCGCGCCGCCCUCAUUGAUGGCCACGACGACUGGACGAGCCAACAUUCCGCCGCAGGCCGUGAAACCGUCGAUCCAAUCGGACGUAAAAGCGUUCACCGAGAAGAAUCGACCGAUCGAUCGGAGUGUGGAGAAACUGCAGACCGUCUCGGCGGAGGUCCGAUCGCCGUUGGCGUAUUCGCCAGCCAAAGAGUUGAGGAAAGUGGAGAUUGUCCCGGUUGAGCAUGUGUUAGAACCUCUUGUAACAACUACUCAAACGAUUAUUUUAACGACAACAGCAACUCGGAUGGCCACUACAACAACGACGAGUGAGCCUAGCACAACGAAUUUACCGCAGAAAAUCGAGGAGGACCGGCAGAAUGCGGAGAAGAAUGGGGUAAGUGAACUGCAGUCCCGUACCUAAUCCCGUGGCAGAAAACGUGUCAUUUUGCUUCCGGGAAGUAUCAAAAAUGCAGCAAAAUACCUCCCUCUCCAAGUGAAAAAACUCCGUUUUGAAGGGCGCGCUUUAGAAAUCGGAGUUUUUUUAGUUGGAGAGGGAGGCAUUUUGCCACAUUUUUUGAUACUUCCCGGAUGCAAAAUGGUACGUUUCUUGCCACUGGAUCAGGUCCGUCAUUGUACUGCAAUUAAACCUAACGGAAGGACUGUUGAAUAUCUCGUGUGUACCUGCCAAUCGUUAGCUAAAACUUUUACGGACAAAAGGACGGUCUAUUUAGAGUCUUCAUGAAAAGUUUGAAGGAAAUCUGAUUACUAGACCCUUCAUGAUAGACAGACUUCUCUAUAAGCAGCUUUCCUAUAAACGGCUCUCACUGUAAUUCGAUUUUCAGGAGACCCUCGACCUAAUUAAGCACUUGAACUCCUCGGACUUGGAGAACUUCCUUCAGUCAGCCAAUUUGACGACCAAGGAAGCGCAGCGAUUCCUGAAGCUGGUCGAAAAAGUAGGCUAACUGCCUAUGAUUACUUGUUCUUUAGGUUCUCGAGGAAGAACUCUCAAAACGACUGCACAAUAAAACACUCGAUGGGGAUACUGUAAGUAAAUUGGUCUUAUUUUUCACCAAAUUGAUGUCGAUGUCUGAUAAACUGGCUUUCAAAUUUCAGACCGACAAUCACGAGGUGAAAACAGUGGAUACUCAUUUGAAAUUUGAUGAAGCCGAUCUGCCAACGGUUUCACCGUCAGCGACGUCAGCACCGAAGCCUUCGACAACAACAGGAACCCCAGUGAUCGUAGCGGCUUUAUCGCAAAAGUCCGGACCCAGCGAAAAAUUGACUGGCUCAACGGUGGCGAUUCAUUCGCUGGAAGACGUUAGGAAACGAGAACAGGAAGAGUUCGACAGAUUGCUGGGGCAAAUUGUCCUCGAGACAAAGGACGACAAUGACGAGAACGAGGAUGACGACCUAUUACUGAGUGCAAAUGGGGAGAAACCGGCGGUCACACCGCGCAACAAUUUCAGAGUAAGUAUCUAGAGGCCUAAUUAAGGUCAGGGAUCUGUCACAUUAGUGAUAAAAAACCGUAACCCAGAAAAAUCAAAAAAAAAAUGAAGAUUUUUUUUAUCAAAAUGAAGAUUUUGUUAUCAAAAUGAACGUUGUUUUCAAACACAGUGCCAAAUUAAGGCCAAAUAUCUAUUCUAGCAACAAAAAAGAGCCAAAAAAUACGAUAAUACACAAGGAUUUUCAAAAAAUUUCGUUUACGCAAGGUCGAUUCUAAAAUAAGGUGCAUAACAGGUUCCAUUGAACAAAAGGGCUUCCCAUUUCGUCCUGGAAGCUUUCCGAAUACCGCCAAAUACCUCAUUGUCUGACCGAAAGUAGCCUGCUUUCGAAGAGAGAAAGCUGAAAGUUGCGUUUUUGUUGCUCGCCAAUUUCUUUCCCCUUUUUCCAAGGGGACAACUUUCAGCUUUCUCUCUUCAAAACAGCACUGUUUUCCGUCGGAUAAUGAGGUAUUUGUCGGUAUUCGGAAUGCUUUCUAGAUGCAAUGGGAAGCCCUUUUGAUGAAUGGAACCUGUUAUGCACCGUAUUUUAGAAUCGACCUUGCGUAAUCGGAAUUUUUUUAAAAAUCCUUAUGUAUUAUCGCAUUUUUUGGCUGUUUUUUGUUGCUAGUAUAGAUAUCUGACCUUAAUUUGGCACUGUGUUUGAAAACAACGUUUAUUUUGAUAAGAAAAUUUUCAUUUGGGCGGUAUUCCGAAUGCUUCCAAGACGCAAUGGGAAGCGCUUUUGACCAAUAAAACCUGUCGAGCACCGUAUUUUUGGAUCGAUUUUGCGUAAACGAUUUUUUUUUAAAUCGUUAUGUAUUACCGUAUUUUUUGGCUCUUUAUUGUUGCUGGUAUAUAUAUCUGGCCUUAAUUUGGCACCAUAUCUAAAAACAACGUUCAAUUUAAUAAAAAAAUCUUAUUUUUUUUAAAUUCUGCUAUUUCAAUAUCUACAAUUCACCCCUCAAUUUUCAGCCUACCACUCGACAUCCCCCAAAAACCGAGUUCGAGCACCUCGUCGAGGACUACCGUUACCGACUGAGCAGUUCCAACGGCUUCAAUGACCUGAUCAAAGCGUUGCGAAAUGCGCACAUCGGCUUCUUCGAUCGAUCCCCAGUGAAACGAAGGCCCAUUGGGAAAUGA